AGAUUCUAUCAACCUUGGUUGGACGCCCAGGGCACUUCCGCCAACGUCGCCUCGCAUGUCCAGGACCUCGCUGAUGUUGACGACUUUGCCAUUAACACUCUUUCCGACAAGGGCUUCCGCCCGCUGGCUUCGCGCGACACCACCUUGACUGCCUUUGCCCAACUCGCCGCCCUCCGCCUCAAUGUUCGUCGCGCUAUGGUCAGUCUGAUCGACUCGAAACACCAAUACAUUCUGGCCGAAGCCACCAAAACUCUUUCUUUGGUCGACGACACACGCCAUGCUGAAGGCGACGCCCUGUGGCUCGGAACCACCUCAUUAGCAAGGGAAGACGCUGUAUGCCAAUGUUCUUUUACCAGACAGUACACCGUCCAGGAUGAUGACGGUCACACCAUCACCGCGACCGCCGCUGUCAUGCCCGAUUGUCGCUUGGACCCCGACUACAAGGACAAACCUUAUGUCAUUCAAGAACCUGGUGUGCGCUUCUAUGCUGGCGUGCCGAUUAAAUCAAGAUCUGGACACAAUAUUGGUGUCUAUGCUGUUAGUCAUGACGCCCCGAGGGAACCUCUGACUUACGAUGAACUGCGUUUCAUGCAAGAUAUCGCCGUCGCUGUCAUGGAUCAUUUGGAAUGGGCAAGGGAUCGUGUAGAUCGCUACAAGGGCGAACGCAUAGUUCGUGGCAUGGCCGACUUUAUCGAAGGCGCUCCUUCUAUGCGUGCCAUGAAGAAAGAGUCGGACAAAGAAGAGGACCACUCUGCCAUGGUCGUCAACAAUCCCGACCCGACGCCACAAGUGGACAUUGAUCUCAAAGAGGACACCGUCAAGCGGCAAUCACCAAAGAGAGCAGAUAGCAGUAGAUCUGUGAAUCGACCAUCACUCGAAUCUAGAUCCCAAUCCUUUAUUAGACGCCGCGAACCUAAGACCGACAGCUUGUCCAAACUGCUCGAUCGCGCUUCUCGAAUACUGCGGGAAUCCACUCUCGCCGAAGGAGUUGUUUUCUUUGGGCCAUCUGGGAAUAACCCGUCGAAGCCUACUUUGAGGUCUGCAAUGGCAGCCCGCGACAGAAUGUCCGGCACCGAUGACGAGUCUACGAGGCACCUCGCGGUUGACUCACCUGAUGUCGAAAACUCAACAGACUCUGACGUUGCAACCUACCCUGUUCGCACUUCAAAGAUCUUGGGCCUCUCUUUAGUUAACAAGAAAGACAGCUCUCUAUUCCAUGAUACAGCGCUGGAUGUCUUGACUCUUGAAAAUUAUUUCAAGCUUUAUCCUAAUGGGAAAAGCUUGCACUUCUCCGAGGCUGGUUCAGGUCUAUCAUCUGAGGACGACAGUGCUAGUGACGGCCUGUCUGCCAGCGACAGGUCGAGAUCACAUCCUAAAUCUACCUCACAAAAAGUUAUUGGCAAAAAGAAAAAGAUUCGAAUGAGCCAUCAGCAACUCCUCGAGAAUCUUCCAGGUGUUAAGAACGUCAUCUUCUUGCCACUUUGGGAUUAUGUUGAAGAGAAGAUGGUGGCAGGAUGCUUUUUGUGGACCUCGAGUACUGGAAGGAUGAUGAAUUUGGACGACGACUUGUCAUAUCUGCGAGCCUUCGGUAACACCAUCAUGUCCGAGGUUGCGCGCAUGAACGCGCUAAAGGACGAUCGAGCAAAAACAACAUUUAUUGCCUCCAUGAGUCACGAGUUACGCUCUCCGCUACAUGGUAUUCUUGGGUCGGUCGAGUUCUUGCAAGAAACAGCUGCCGAUGCCUACCAGUCUGGUUUGAUCAACUCCAUCUCGACUUGUGGCAAGACUCUGCUAGAUACCCUCGAUCAUGUGCUCGACUAUGCCAAGAUCAACAAGCUUGGCCGCAAUCGCAUGAAGAAAGAUGCUAGGUCAAAUAGGCUCGCUUCCGCUACUGAUUCACCUUCAGAAAGUCUUAGCAUUUCGGCCGAGAUCGAUCUCGGACUGGUUGUGGAAGAAGUUGUUGAAGCUGUAUGUGCUGGCCAUGCGUUCAAGAAAAUGCAUACCGGAGAGCUCAAGUCGCAUGACGGGCCUGUUGUCACCAUGUCUCGCCACUCGUCUGCUAGCAAGGUUCCAGCGGCUGAUGGUGGAAAUAUCCAUGACGGUGAAGUUGCUGUGCUGCUUGACGUCAGUCCUCGGGCUAGCUGGGUUGUCCGUACGCAACCAGGAGCCUUGAGAAGAAUCAUCAUGAACUUAUUAGGUAAUGCUCUGAAGUACACUCCCAAGGGCUGGGUAGCAGUGUCUCUCCGAGCCCAGGAAAGCGCGCACCCACACAAAAUGGACGUGGUUUUCCGAGUCGUCGAUUCCGGUAAAGGAAUGUCAGAAGACUUCCAGAAGAAUCGUCUGUUCGUCCCUUUCAGUCAAGAGGACACUUUCCAGCCCGGAACUGGAUUGGGCCUCAGUAUUGUGAGACAGAUUGUGGAUUCGCUGGGAGGUACUAUCGACAUCAAGAGUGUGCAGAAUGUUGGCACUGAAGUCGACGUUCGUCUGAGUCUUGCUAUAGCAGAGCCGUCUGCUAGCAACAGCCCGAACAAUGAAAUAGCGUCAGUGGCCGCCAAAACCAAGGGUUUGAGACUGUGUCUCCUAGAUCCCAAUGGAGAGAAGGAGAGAGACCAGAACGACAAUAUCAGCCGGCUCGAUACGACACUCUCAGAAGUUUGUUGGGGUUGGUUUGAGAUGGAAGUGACCAGAGCAAGCAGUCUGCAGGACGCCGACGCGGACCUGUAUAUGUACACUGAGCCACCAUCAGUCGAAUACCUUCUGGAACAUCACAGCGUAAAUCAGAAUCGCACUGGCGGAGGAAGAGGGAAAGAGGUUCCGCUCAUCAUAGUCUGCCUCAACGCAUCAGAGGCUGUUGGGAUUACCUCCAAUCACAUCAAGGCAUUAUCAGAUCUUGGCCGUAUCGUCGAGAUCAUCUCGCAACCCUGUGGACCUCGCAAGCUGGCAAAGGUGCUGGGUCAAUGUGUCAGACGUAUGGAAGAAACAUUCAACAGACCCAUGGUACCUGAUCGACAACCGAAACCAGAAGGCCUACCUCACCGAUCAAGGUUGGAGGAUGUGGGUGCGGCAUCCAUCCUCGGAUUGCCAAGCGUGACUCUACCACGUCUCAACACUUAUGAAGAAAAGACCGAGUCCGUUAAGGCGCGAGAGCUCAUCCGUAACGCAGAUGUGGAAAUUCCGCCUAGUACGGCCGUCUCUUUUCCUACCAUCAAUCGAGAAGAAGGCAAUGCCAGAGAAACACCGAGUCAAACCGAGUCAGGAUCAAUACCUCAUGUGCUGCUCGUCGACGACAACCCGAUCAACCUGCAGUUACUGGUCAUGUUCAUGAAGAAGCACAAGCUACCCUAUCAAGAAGCUGUCAAUGGACAAGAAGCUCUCGACAAAUACAUCGAAUUCGGCAGCGGCGAUCCCAACAAGCCCCGCUUCGACUUUGUGCUGAUGGACAUUUCCAUGCCCAUCAUGAACGGCUUGGAAUCCACACGACGGAUCCGCGAAUUCGAAGUCGAACAAGGCUUUGAAAAGAAAGCUACUAUCAUUGCACUUACGGGCCUUGCAAGUGCAGAGGCACAAGCUGAUGCCGAGUCAUCCGGUGUGGACAUUUACAUGGCUAAGCCUGUCAAGUUCCAGGCUUUGAGACCCUUGCUCGUGAGU